CAGGCAUUGGGCCCCCAAGCGGAGCGGCGGGCGCCGGGUCCCCAGGCGGAGCGACAGGUCUCGGGCCCCCAGGCGGAGCGGCGGGCGCCGGACCCCCAGGCGGAGCGACAGGUCUCGGGCCCCCAGGCGGAGCGGCGGGCGCCGGACCCCCAGGCGGAGCGACAGGUCUCAGGCCCCCAGGCGGAGCGGCGGGCGCCAGACCCCCAGGCAGAGCGACAGGCGGAGCGACAGGUCUCAGGCUCCCAGGCGGAGCGACAGGUCUCAGGCCCCCAGGCGGAGCGGCGGGCGCCGGACCCCCAGGCGGAGCGACAGGUCUUGGGCCCCCAGGCGGAGCGGCGGGCACCGAGUCACCAGGCACGACAGUGGGCACCGAGUCGUCUGGCAAGACUGCGGGCACCGAGUCGUCUGGCAAGACUGCGGGCACCGAGUCAACUGGCGGAACAGCGGGCAUCGAGUCAACUG